ACCAAAUCCAAGAUUUAAAAAAAAUGGGGACUAUGGGAAGAUCGGAGAGUGGUCUGAAAAAGGGGCCAUGGACUCCCGAGGAAGACGAUAAACUGAUAAACUACAUCCAAAAACACGGCCACGGCAGCUGGCGCGCUCUCCCCAAACUCGCCGGGUUGAACCGGUGCGGCAAGAGCUGCCGCCUCCGCUGGACCAACUACCUCCGCCCCGAUAUCAAGAGAGGCAAAUUCUCCCAGGAUGAGGAGCAAACCAUCCUCAAUCUCCAUGCCAUUCUUGGCAACAAGUGGUCAGCUAUCGCGACACACCUUCCAGGGAGGACAGACAACGAGAUCAAGAACUUCUGGAACACGCAUCUGAAGAAGAGACUGAUACAAAUGGGGUUCGACCCGAUGACCCACCGGCCCCGGACCGACAUUUUCUCGAGCUUGCCCGGGCUCCUCGCCCUCAAGGACCUAAUCGAGAACCCGGAGCAAGCCAUCCGCAUACAAAACGAGGCCGCGCGCCUCAACAACUACUUAACCUACAUUCUCCAGCCGCCACCUCCGUCUCUCGGCGCCGACCUCCCGAGCCUAGCUUUACCACCGCCGCCGCCGCCGCAAGAGAAUUUUUUUCAGGACUCAAUUGCGUUCGGUCAUAUGCCGGAUUUGGUGACGGCUGGCCAGAAUUGCUCGUCGGAUGGCUCGUGGAUCACGAACACGGGCGAUGCGACGAGCUACAGAGGCGCGCAAAUGUGGCCGGAGCUGCAUCUCGAUGAUUCCUUCUUCCGUGAGAUCGCCUAGUGUAAAAUAUUUAUUCCUCUAAAAUAAAAUACUUUGAAUAUUUUCAUUUUCCGUUGGAUUUUUAAUUUUUUUUAGACAUUGUUCAUAUAUAACCGAACCGAGUUUCCAUAGCGACUAUAUUUACGUGUGAUUUUUAAUUUUUUAGGUUACACAUUUUAUUACUAUGCCAAGUUUGAUUUCUUUUCAUAUGUACAAAGAAAGGACCUUUACUAUAUAUAUGAUCACAAUAAUUUUAUUCU